AUGAUCAGAGGCGCAGGCAACACCAUAUAUGCCGUCGGCCCGGCGCUUGAUACCUCUCUGUUCCAAAAAAAGCAUCCUUUUGAGCGUACGAUAGCGUACAUCAUGGCGCCGCGUAACAAAUUUACGCCCAACGAUGAGGAAUCGCUCCACUACCCGGUAGAGCACGACCAACUGAUGCAACUGUUGCGGAACUUGAUCCCCCAUGUCGAAAUCGAGGAAUAUAAAUACUAUCCAAUCCGCAUGAAGGGCAAGGAACCUGUUUCUGCAGGGAGAGCGCUGUUUGAGUACAACAACGUGGAUGGUGCAUAUCAUCGGGAUUGGCGACUUUGGAUGGAAGAAAGGGCCAUCAAGGCCCUCGAUCUUGGUAUAGCGAUCGAUGUCGAAUCGUGGUGA